UUGCAGGCUGCAGAGACUGCUAGCCUGGAGGAACAAUUUCAUGGAUGGGGUGAAGUGGUCCUGCUUUCAGAUCGUGUCCUUCGCUGGGAGAAGCCAUGGUUUCCAGCUGCUAUAAUGGGAACAGUGUCUUUUAUCUUCCUGAUGAUCUAUUACCUGGAUCCUUCAGUUCUUUCUGGUGUAUCCUGCUUCGUUAUGUGCCUGUGUCUGGCUGACUAUCUUGUUCCCACAUUGGCUCCCAGAAUCUUUGGCUCCAACACAUGGACCACAGAACAGCAACAGAGGCUUCAUGAGAUCUGCAGCAACCUUGUGAAAACCCGACGCAGGAUUAUUGGCUGGUGGAGCCGGCUCUUUGUUUUGAAGGAAGAAAAGCCCAAGAUGUAUUUUAUGUCUAUGAUCACAGCUCUUGCUCUUGUAGCUUGGAUUGGACAGCAAGUUCAUAACCUCUUCCUAACCUAUCUUAUAGUGAGCUUAGCACUUUUGCUACCUGGUCUCAACAAACAUGGAGUUAUUACAAAAUUUGUAGGAAUGGGCAAGCGGGAAAUAAACAAACUUCUGAAGCAGAAAGAGAAAAAGACUGAAUAA